GUACUCUGAUAAGGAAAUCUCUGCCCAAACGUAAACUCUUAACAAAAUGCUAGCCCUACUAAGUGUGCUAUUCUGGAUCUAUGGUGUUGCCAGUUGGUGUAUGUGCUUUUACGUACUCUUUUCGUGUGGUGAGGGAAUUCACUGGUUUACUACCUUUAAAAACUACUUGCUUAUCUUCGGGGUUGUUAGCGCUGCAGCAGCCUCUCCUUUCGUAGUUAUUCCCUCAGCAAGCAUCCUGGUUGUAUUUGCUGGUUGGUCUCUCUACGCUAUGCUAGUAACUGAGCAUUGUAGACGAUACAAGCUGUGGAGAGCGCACGUUAUUCCAGUCAACGUACCGCUUUGCUUUAUGCUUUUGUGGGUAUGUUAUCGGCAUUAUAAUCUUGCUACUGAAAAUAAGUGAAAUUUCCUCUAGUCCUAUCCUUAAGAAACGGCAUUAAUAAGUCCCAUUUCUGUGUGGAUAAGCAGAUUGACAUAUGGAUUGGAAAAAAAA